GCAGCGUCUCCGGCGCGGCUAAAGGCCGGGAGCCUCGAUCGCUCGAAAGGGCGCGGGACUCUCGCCGCACUGCAUUAUGGAAUACAUAGUCUGAGAAAACGUCUUCGGGCACAAAGUCCCCACCACGCUCACGUGUUUACCUUGUGCACUGGAGGCACGGGUAGAGGAGUGGGGGGGAGGGGUCAAUAAAGAGUAGCUACCAGAUUUCGUCAUAAAACCGCGACUAGAUAGACGGCGCCAUCUUCGAACUUGGACUUCCGGAAGGACUUUGGUGAGGUGUCUAUGCAUAUAUUUCAGGUGGAUCCGUUUUGUUUGUUACUGAUUCUGAAUGGAGUAGUUCUCUCAGGGCUUGUUAUUUACCAAAGAACAAGGGGCAGCCAUUUUAGGGGGUGCUGAUGGAUACCUACGGGGUCGGCUGUGUUGCUCUGGGGGAGGCCGGCCCCGUGGGGAACAUGACUGUGGUAGACUCUCCUGGACAAGAGGUGCUAAACCAGCUUGAUGUCAAGGCCUCUUCAGAAACAACUAGUGCUGAAGCUUCCAUAGAGAUGUCUUUACCUACACCUUUGACUGGAUUUGAGGAUUCUCUUGAUGAGAGAAGGCUCCCUCAAGAACAAGAAAGCCUCUCCAGACUUGAACAGCAAGAUCUUUCUUCAGAGAUGUCAAAGGUCUCAAAGCCUAGGGCCUCAAAGCCUGGCCGGAAGAGAGGUGGUAGCACACGGAAAGGCCCCAAAAGGCCCCAACAACCUAAUCCUCCAUCAGCCCCUCUGGUUCCUGGUCUCUUAGAUCAAUCCAACCCUCUGUCUACCCCCAUGCCUAAGAAACGAGGUCGAAGGUCCAAGGCAGAGCUGCUACUACUGAAGUUGUCCAAAGACCUAGAACAUCCAGAAUCUCCACCUCCAAAGAGGCCCCCUGAGGACUUUGAGACCCCUCCGGGAGAACGACCCCGUCGAAGGGCUGCCCAAGUGGCGCUUCUGUACCUUCAGGAACUGGCUGAAGAGCUCUCAACAGCACUACCUGCUCCAGUGUCCUGUCCUGAGAGCCCCAAGGUGAGCAGCCCUGCCAAACCGAAGAAAACCCGGCAGCAGGCAGCCUGUCAAGGUGGCGAAGAGGAGGAUGAUACUGCACGGGAUGAAGACUUUGUUCUCCAGGUCGAGGCUGAAGAUGGAGAUGAAAGUGAGGCCCCAAGCGAGAGCUCAUCUGACCCCGAGCCUGUAGUGCCGCAAAGCACCCCACGAGGAUCUACUUCAGUGAAGCAGAAGCCACACUGCCGGGGAAUGUCUCCCAAUGGCUUACCAAAUCACAUCAUGGCUCCUGUUUGGAAGUGCCUCCAUCUCACCAAGGACCUCCGAGAACAGAAGCAUUCAUACUGGGAGUUUGCAGAAUGGAUUCCCCUGGCCUGGAAGUGGCACUUGUUAUCUGAACUUGAGGCGGCUCCCUACCUGCCCCAGGAGGAGAAGUCUCCACUAUUCUCUGUCCAACGUGAAGGACUUCCUGAAGAUGGCACACUCUACCGAAUAAACAGAUUUAGCUCAAUCACAGCACACCCAGAACGCUGGGAUGUGUCCUUCUUCACAGGGGGACCCCUCUGGGCUCUGGACUGGUGUCCAGUGCCAGAGGGGGCAGCAGCUUCGCAGUAUGUGGCCCUUUUCUCCAGCCCUGACAUGAAUGAGACACACCCACUGAGCCAGCUUCACUCGGGUCCUGGGCUGCUCCAAGUCUGGGGCCUUGGGACCUUGCAGCAAGAAAGCUGUCCUGGCAACAGGGCUCACUUUGUCUAUGGGAUCGCUUGUGACCACGGCUGCAUCUGGGACCUCAAAUUCUGCCCCAGUGGAGCAUGGGAACUUCCAGGCACCCCCCGGAAGGCUCCUCUCCUGCCCAGGUUGGGCCUCUUGGCUCUUGCCUGCUCAGACGGGAAGGUGCUGCUGUUCAGUCUGCCCCAUCCAGAGGCCCUGCUGGCUCAGCAGCCCCCAGAAGCAAUGAAGCCUGCCAUCUAUAAGGUACAAUGUGUGGCAACCCUUCAGGUGGGGUCUAUGCAAGCUUCGGACCCCUCUGAGUGCGGUCAGUGCCUUAGCCUGGCCUGGAUGCCCACCCGGCCCCACCACCACCUGGCUGCUGGCUACUAUAAUGGAAUGGUAGUUUUUUGGAACCUUCCCACUAAUUCACCCCUGCAGCGGAUCCGGCUCUCUGAUGGCUCCUUGAAACUCUACCCCUUUCAGUGUUUCCUAGCCCAUGACCAGGCUGUGCGUACACUUCAGUGGUGCAAAGCUAACAGUCAUUUCCUUGUCUCUGCGGGGAGCGACCGCAAAAUCAAAUUCUGGGACCUUCGACGACCUUAUGAACCCAUAAACUCUAUCAAGCGCUUCUUGAGUACAGAGCUGGCCUGGCUCCUACCCUACAAUGGUGUUACUGUGGCCCAGGACAACUGCUAUGCCUCUUACGGACUCUGUGGAAUUCAUUAUAUUGAUGCUGGUUACCUUGGUUUCAAGGCCUAUUUCACUGCUCCUCGAAAAGGCACUGUCUGGAGUCUUUCAGGAUCCGACUGGCUUGGGACAAUAGCCGCAGGAGAUAUAUCUGGGGAGCUCAUUGCAGCUAUAUUGCCUGAUAUGGCACUGAACCCAAUAAAUGUCAAGCGACCUGUAGAGCGAAGAUUCCCUAUAUAUAAAGCAGAUCUGAUGCCAUAUCAGGACAGCCCUGAAGGUCGAGAUCAUUCUGCUUCAUCUGAGGCCCCCAACCCUCCUAAGGCUCGAACUUAUGCUGAAACUGUCAACCAUCACUACUUGCUCUUUCAAGACACAGAUUUGAGUUCCUUCCAUGAUCUGCUCCACAGGGAGCCAAUGCUGCGCAUGCAGGAAGGAGAGGGGCAUUCACAGCUCUGCUUGGACAGGCUGCAGCUCGAGGCAAUUCACAAGGUCCGAUUCAGUCCCAACCUGGAUUCUUAUGGAUGGCUGGUAUCUGGGGGACAGUCAGGGCUGGUUCGGAUCCAUUUUGUCCGUGGACUCACCUCACCACUGGGCCACCGUAUGCAGCUUGAAAGUCGAGCCCACUUUAGUGCUAUGUUCCAGCCGUCCUCCCCUAUUAAAGGGCCUGGCUUCCCUCCAACUAGCCAUCGCCUUCUGCCCGGUCCCUAGUCGUGGUCCACACAGGACCUCUGGAAUGAAGUCUGCCAGGAACAAAUGGCCCCCCCCAUGUACAGAGCCAUAGGAACUGGGGUCCUCAUGGAUAGUGAUGCUGCCAGACCUGGAUCUUUAGACCAGCCUUGCCAGGACUCCUUAGAUACCUCUCCUACAGACUUCUGUCAUCACAGCCCCCUGCGGGCAGGGGGGCUAUCCCUCCACAAACUCUCAAGGCUCCUCAGCCUAAAACUAUGGCUCAUGAGUAACACUCAGGCCUGACCUAGGCUUGGGAGUCAAAUUGCUCAUAUUGAGCAUAUUGUGAAGUGCGUAAAGCUAAGUAAAGAUACUGGGUGUUUUUGAGACCACACGUGAGUGGGUGUUUGGAGAACACAAAAGGGUAUCCGCAUGAAGGGUCCUGUGUGACUAUAUUCCAGGAUCUAGUAUUACUGCCUUCUCAAGUAACCAACACACAGGCCCAGGAGGGGUGAUAGUCAUUUAUUGGACUGAAGCUGCUUGUAGUACUUUAACUGAGGAACACCACAAACACCCUACCAGUAGAACAGUGGCUCAGAUCCUACUCACUCCUGCUUAUGAAAUAUUCCCAAUCACUGGUCAUCUGACCCUACUUGAACACUCCUAGGCAGUCAUAUUUUAAAAAAAUCUUCCUUUAUAUCAAGUCAGAGUAUACUCUAUAAAUUUCACCAUGGGUAAUAGGAAAUCUAGUCAUUUUUCCCUGUGAUUGCCCUUUUAAGUAUAUUUAAAAAUAGCUAUCAUGUGUUUCCCAAGUCUUUUCUUCUCUAGAUUAAAUAUCUUCAGUUACUAUAACCAUUAUUUACACGUCAUGAUUUUUGAUCCUUCAUGAUAUUGUCACAUUAUUGACUUAUUAAACAUGUCUAGCUGCUUUAUUUGAAAUCUCUGUAUAGGAGGUGUUUAAAACUCAAGUACUGUAUGUAUUGUUAUAUCUCCUCUUGUUAGAGUCCUUGUGGAAAGCUGCAGACUCCUAGGGACUGUAAUAUUGCCUUAUAAGCAAAGUCAGACUCCAGCAAUGAGAAAUAGGCAAACCAUAGUCUUAGAAUAUAUGGGAGUACAAUCAAGUUUGGGGGAAGUAGUCAGAUGACCUCAGGAAAUAAAAAUAUGCAGCCAGCUGCAACUGAAGGGAGUGGACACUAGUGCCUACCUGGAACAAAACCCACUGGCUCUGUCUGUAGAUGGGUUGGCCAAAUAAUCUGCGAACCGCGUUUCUGCCUCUUCUGUGUAUCCGGAGAAUGCUUUCAGCCCUUGCUCUCUGU